AUGCGCGACUAUUUCGAAGGUGGCAAAGUUCAGCAUUGGUGCGGAGAUCCGUAUGCACAUGGAACUUUUGCUAGAUUCAUUCCAUUUCAAGAAACUGAUCUUCUUGAUCAAUUACAAGCAUCCGUAUCAAAUAUUCAUUUUAUCGGUGAGCAUACCACAUCAAUUCGUGGCUCGGUUGAAGGUGCUAUCGUCUCAGCUUUACGAGAAGCUUUGUUCAUUACGGCACAACGGAUAACAAUAUUCGAUGCGAUUAUCAUUGGUGGAGAUCCAGUCGGAUUGGCAACAGCCGUAUUUUUAUCAUUGAAAAAACCCAAUUUUCGUAUUGCCAUUGUUGAUAAAGGAGCUAUCAUCGACUCUUAUAAUGCACUCGAUCGACAACAAUUUCGACAAAUGUUCAAUGAAGAGUAUCUCAUUCAAUUGGCCAAUAUGUCAUUUUCACUUUGGCGUCAAUUGGAACGAUUAGCUAAUCUUUCACUUGGAUCAAUUCUCAAUACGAACGAUGGAUUUCUGUUAUUCGGCGAUUUGAAUAGAAAUCAAUCAACAAUCGAAGAUAAUUUGAUAUCCAUCAAGAGAAUAUAUGGAAGUCUUCAAAUAAAUGGCGAAUAUUUAAAUAACACACAAUUGAAAACACGCUAUCCAAUGUUUACAUUUCCUCAUCAAUAUGAAGGCAUUUUCUACAAUCAAUCGGGUUAUAUCAAUGUAACGGCGCUCAUGAUUGCUCUACUUCGUAUUAUCGAUCAAAAUCCGAAUAUUAUCAUUCGAGAGCACGAAGAAUUUUUAUCAUUACAAUUAUUCAAUAAUCAAACACAAUUGAUAACUGACCGUGGUAUUUUGUAUGCUUCUCGAAAAGUUCUCUUUAUUCCUGGUCCAAGUAUUAACAAUGUCUCACGUUUACUUAAUUUUAAUCUUAAUGUGAUAGUUUGGAAACUUCCAAUUUACUAUUUUCGUCAUUCUUCAUCUAUUAAUAGAUUACCAAACUGGCUUGCAUUGAGUGAUCAUAAUUCUCAAGUACUCUUUUCGGGCUUUUCUAUCCAUUCGAUAUCUAAUUAUCUUGUUGUCAAACCGCAUUUCAUCCGAAAUAUGUCGAAUCCGUUGAUAUAUCUGUCUCAACAGACAAAUACAAUCGAUCCAUUCCUUACGGAACAAGUCGUUGACUGGGUCUCGCAUCAUCUAGGAACAUGGGUCAAUGUAUCGGAUUAUUAUUUGAAUGGUCAAACCUAUUUGGAAACAGUUCUACUGGAUAAUGGAUUUUUACUUGAUUUUGUGCCACAAACAGAUGAUCGAGUUUUGAUGCACGCUGCCGGAUCAGAAAUGGGUUUUGCGCCUGUUUGGGCUGAUAUUUUAUCCGAAAUGAUCCUGUUUGAUAGGAAUUUAUCGUCAAAAUAUGCAAAAUAUCUCGACUAUUUCUCAAUAACACGGCCGAAUCGACUCAUCGAAGAAAAUACACCGAAUAAAGGAUUUCAAUUGGCAUCAUCCUCUUUAUUUUUCGUGUGGUAUUUUGUAUGGAUUUUGAACAUUCAUUGGUUGCCUAAAUUUUGA